AACCGAAAACCCCUGCUUUACAUCAAACACUGUUGCAACGCUCUCAAUUGUCGUACAACACACGCAUAGUAAAGCGCGUGACAACAAAAGCCAUAGCGAGAUCGGAAACAAUGCGCUAGAUAGGUGUGAGUGACUUGUACUGGUUAUCAGACCAUCGCUGUAAACAAGAUUUUCUCUCGCUGAGCUACUCUUGCUGUUUGUAAUCAUGGCUUUAUUCUGGUACAGUGUCUUCCACUGAUAGGACGUACAAUCGAAGGGAUUGUCUCUUACUGCUUCCGAACCACUCGUGCUUCGUUCAAUCGAAAUGAAUUCCUCUUGGAAACUGUUGUUUCUAGCUGGAUUGUUGAUAAACAUUCAGCACUCUUUGUGCGCCGUAGAACCAGUUCUCAUCGUACACGGUGGUGCGGGAACUGUUUCCGACGAUCGCGUACCCGGCAAGCUGCGUGGUGUCCAACUAGCGGCUAAAGUUGGAUACCAAGUGCUCGCUCGCAAUGGAUCGGUGCUGGAAGCGGUUGAGCAAGCGGUCCGUAUUAUGGAGGCGGAUCGCUUCUUUAACGCCGGCUACGGUUCGGUACUCAACGUCGAGGGUGACGUCGAGAUGGAUGCCAGCAUUAUGGACGGUGCAAGCAAAGCGAUAGGAAGCUUAAGUGGUGUACGCGAUCUGCUACAUCCAAUCACAUUAGCUCGUGCCGUCAUGGAACAUUCGGGGCACAAUUUUCUCAUCGGCGAAGGACUGCGCUCAUUCGCGCUCGAUCGAGGCUUUGCAUUUUUGGACCCUCCGGGUCAGCUGGUCACCCAGUACGCUAAGGAUGUGCUUGAUGAUUGGAAAGCUUCCGAUCAGAGUUACCGAUCGGGUGAGGGUGGCACGGUUGGUGCAGUGGCAAUCGACGCUAACGGUAACAUUGCGGCAGCGACAUCAACGGGCGGUGUAACGGGUAAGCGAGUCGGACGCGUCGGAGACACACCUAUCAUUGGCUCCGGGACGUACGCCGAUAACAGAUUGGGCGGUGUGUCACUGACGGGCGAUGGAGAUAUCAUCAUGAAGGUAUGCAUUGCGUACGAUGUGCUGCGAACCGCUGAGCUAACUGGGCGCGCGAUACAACCGGUCGCUGAUGAGCUGCUCGAUGCGAUGAGUGCAUCGUUGGGCGGUACGGCCGGGUUGGUGGGUGUCGAUAGUGAGGGCAAUGUGGUGGUAGCACACAGCUCGCAGCAUAUGUCGUGGGCUUAUCAAAGGGGCGAUACAAUUGCCUACGGUAUUAGUAAGGAAGAUUUUAACAUACUGCCUGCAACUGACAGCCAAUUCAUUUCUUUUGUGGAAGAUCACGAUUUCGAGAUGGAAGGUGGACACUGAUAAAAAAUAUCCCCCAAAACAAAACAAAAAACAUGAUAAAAAUGUGCUAUUGUGACAAAGUUUCUUCCUACAUUACAUUGUUCGCAAAAAGUUUAAUAAAGAAAUGAUACUUUAAAAAAAGAAUAAAACACAAAGCUUAUGUAAAAGACGCUAUCUUUUAAUCACUUCCUACAUCAUUCCAUUCUUCUUUCAUGCCUUUAUUAAUCUAUCUCAAGUUCCCCCCUUCCUCUUUGCUCGGAAAUAUGCAUUUCAAUUAUCCAUCAUAACAUUAGCAUUCGCAAACAGUCCCCGCUGAUCGCAACGGAACAGAUAAAAAAGCGGAUUUAGCGUCUUUGGUUUCUCGCUUCGUUUUUUUUCUGUGUCUUUCCCCUGCCCAUCCAGAACCUUCUUAAACUCAAAAUAAUGAGGCGAAAAGCUAAUGCUGAAAUAAGAUGACCGUUAAUUUUAUCAAGAUUAAGCGCCAUUUAUCUUUCCCGUUCGCAUUACAACAACUGACUGAGAAGGGAGCGAAAACAAAAAAUCUUUCCUCACAGCACCAAGGAAACGACCGUAAAGCAAAUCUUUCACAACACACAAUGCGGCUUUUAUUUGCACGCUGAUUUAAAGUGGGGAUUUUAUUAAAUUAAAUUCUGCUCUAAAGCGCAUUAAAGUAAGGAAAGAAUUAUAAAAAAUAGAUAUUACUUUCUUAUGGCAUCUUUGAAGGAAUGAAAGGUAUGAGAAGGAUUAAAAUUAAAUUCGUUUCUCAUAUCGAAGUUAUAUCAAAUCACUCUUAUCGCGUAGGAUAAUAACUGAUCCCAGGAGGAAAUGAAUCAUCAUAAAUCGUUCUAACCUUUCACACUGAUGAUACGAUCAUCAAUAUUAUCCGAAAAGCAAAUACAACAACGUCUUCUUCUGGUUUUUGUUUCCCCGCGGCCAGUGAGAAAGAUAUAUUGCGUUACAUACAGAUACAGCGAUUCAUUAUUUUAUUGCCGAGGAAUUAUUAUUCUCUUGGGCAAAACGAUCACAAUCAGAAAACUAAUAGCAAAACAC